AACGCCGCGCAGCUGUUUUUAUGAAUACUUACGUCUAUUUAGAAAAAAUAUGAACAAAGAACAAGAAAAGCAAAGCGUAGACGUAGAAAAAUAUAUAUAUACAUACAUGCAUAAGUGCAUAUAUAAAAUUUCCUAAGCUUCAAGAAAUACAAUGAUACGAAAUUCAAAAAAUUUCAUUGAAAAUUGAAAACUGUGCAAAUAUUUUUUAAAUUAAAGAAAAUAUAUUAAAAAGCGGAUAGGCCUAGGUUUUUAUUAAAUAAAUUUAGUGAUUUUGUAAUUAUAUGCACAUAUUUUGCUCGCGAAACUUCCUGCCUUUUAUUAAGCUGAAGUGUAGAAGUAUAUUUCAAAAGAUCACGAAUUAGUGACUUAAAGUAUACAGCCUCUAUUGUCUUGGGUGAGUUGGUGGACAGAUUGUAUGUAUGCGCCUAUCACGACGUAGUGUUUGUGUUUGUUUUGUGCUUGUGUAGCGGAAUUUGCAUUGGGAGCGCAAAGUAAAGAUUACCCCCUUGUAAACAGAUUUCAGCAGCAACCGUUAACUUUAGAAAACGAUUUUUCAAAUUAGUUGAAAAGUUCUAAAAAGAGCACUUUAUAGAACCCUUACUGUGUUAAGCUGAAUCAUUAAACAUGGGCGAUUUUUAAAAAAAGAACUGUUAAAGAGAAAGAACAAAAUAGGUAGAGCAGAAGAUCCCGCGUCCAUUAAAGUCGAAGUACUUUAGUGAACCUCAAAGGAUUUCCUUAGGAAAAGCGGAAUUCCCUCAAUUUAUAAACAAAAGACCAGUAGAUUUAAUUUAUCCACAAUAUCUUUAAUAAAGCUGCAGAAGGAUUCCUUAUUCGACCAGGCAUUGGCAGCAUGUACUCUUUCUUGUUCUUUUUCCACAGCUGAUGCUACUUUCACAUCUAGAUUUGAAACCCCUUUAUGGAAAUUAAUAAAGCUGCGGUUCGCUGCGCACCGUAACAUCCAAAUGGCAUUUUGUUCCAAUAAUAUUGUAAUAUUGUAUAUAAUCGUAAUCAGAGAUCAUCUUUGCUUAACUGAAACUUAACCAACUUCCGUAAGCUGCCGUAAGCGAAAAAAUAUCUGAAAGAACAAUUUGUUGUUAAACCAUUUAUCUUCAUUAGAUCAAGGUGUACUUGAAAAUUUCUGCCAAACUUUAUCUGGCUCUCUGUCUACGAAGAUUUUUUGCUAGAACUGCUGCAUUAGUUGAAUCAAUUCACCUUUGCUGAAAUUUAAUAAUGGCUCGACUCUUGUGAGAGAUCCGGCAGUUUUGAUUUUUCGGAAAGUCUUUAUAAAUAAUUUAUGAUACACAUACAGGAUGUAAAGAUUACCCGCAGCCAUGAACAGGCGCAGAACAUAAGCAAAGUUAUUAAGCUAUAAAAAUUUAGAAAGGCUCAGGAAUAAUUAUGUGUUCAAAUUGUCCGUAUGUAAAAGCUCGUGAGUAAAAGUUCGUAUUCGCCAAGUCCAAGGCGUGUAACGUAAUUUUCCACUUCAACGACAAAAGGAAACAAAUAAAACAUUGACUAUUUUAUCGCCUAAAGAGCUAAUGACAAGCGCAAAGAAAAUUUAUCAUCCACAACAAACUAAACUAUUCAUUGUCUUUAAACAUAUGUUCAUAUAAUUGCAAAUUUACUGCUUGUGUGAUAAACUCCAGUCUUCCAAGGUGAACUAGUCGCGCUUUUGGUAAGCAGGCAAUUCUAAGAUUAAAGUUUUUGCCAGUUGGAUUAUUCAAUUUAAAUUUAUUUGGUUGAAAGCAAAAAUAAAUAAACAAUCAAAAAAAAAGGCACGCCAAAUAAGUGUCUGUUGCAUUUUUGUUAUUUUAAUUGCGGGCUUAGUUGCGCGCGCAUAAUUUUCUUUUACGGACCUUUAACAAAAAAUCCGUCACUUUGCCGCGCGGUCGACGUCCUACCGUUCUUGCGAACAGUGGGGUAAUGGCAGCGACGGGAGGCGCAGCAGCUACGAGCGUUGUUGUUUUGGAUCGUGGCAAUAAUACUACGUGCACGAUUAACUUACACGGUGCGACGGUUGUAUCAUGGCGUGUAAAUAAUCAAGAACAAUUGUUUGUAAGUAAAUUGGCAUCGUUUGACGGCAAAAGGUCCAUACGUGGAGGAGUGUCAUUCGUAUUUCCUCAAUAUGGUGCCUGGUCGUUCGGAGCACAACAUGGAUUUGCCCGCAUCACACGUUGGAAUUUAGAAAGGCCUCCCGAAAGGUUGCAUAACGGUGACGUCGAGGCUAUAUUUUCCCUCAUGGAUAAUGAAUUUACUCGAUCCAUGUGGAAUUACCAAUUUCGCAUAACGUAUCGCCUAAUUUUACGUGAAAAGGAAUUACAUUUCCAUAUAGGAGUAUACAAUCCUAGUAAGGAAUUAUCGUUUACAUUCAAUUUAUUAUUGCAUACUUAUUUAAAAGUUCCUGAUGUUAGGCGCUGCCAAAUUACCGGAUUACAUGGUUGUACAUUCAUAGAUAAGACUCGUGAUGGUGCUAUUUAUCAAGAAGGUCGCGAAGUUGUCGCCGUUAAUGAAUGGACCGAUAGGAUUUAUCAACAUACACCGCAAGAACAUAUUGUAACGAAUGUAGUAUCCGGUCGUAAAAUGCGAAUACAUAAGUAUAACUUUCCCGAUACCGUAAUAUGGAACCCUUGGGUCGAUAAGGCGCGAGAAAUCACCGAUUUUGGCGAUGAUGAAUUUCCUAACAUGUUGUGUGUGGAGGCUGGUCAUGUCUCGUCACCAGUUAUAUUACUGCCAGGCACAGCUUUCGAGGCGAGCCAGAUAAUGCAAAUUAUCAUCGAGGGUAAUGUUAGCAGAAAGACUAAAAGAAACCGCUAGCGUUUAAAGAAUCGGAACCCUUUGAGGUAAACCGAUUCGCAAAAUUAAAACAAUGCCAACAACAACAAUUUUAUCACGUAUCUUUAAUCCAUAUACAUAAAAACAAAAAAUACAUACGUAUACGAAAAGUGUUGUAACGUUAAACACUAAAAUAUAUUUAAAAACAAUGCAACUUAAAAUCAUAACAUAAUCCUAAUCAAAACAGCUCAACAAUUUACAUAACGUCAAUGUAAUGAACUAUAAAAAAAAAGAAAUAUAAAAAGGAAAAAACAAAAGGUAUAAUAGGUAAAAA